AGAUAAUCAAAGUAGAAGAGUUAGAUGACCUACACAUAUAACACGCACCACAUCAGACUAUACCGAACUUUCUAACGGCCCAAAUAUCAAAUUUCAUCGACUCACGUCCCACAUCCUCAACGGUCAACGGUCCAAACACAUACAAUAGUUUGAGUUGGCCACCAAAUAAUCGGCACCUACACUAUUUAUGCGCCCUCGCAUCCAUCGAACUCCGGCGACGACGAAGAUAGACAUGGCGGACCAAAAGACUGCGGCGUUUUCCUGCAGCUGCCUCGCAAUGGCGGCGGCGAUGUGCAUGCUCUUGGGGAUGGCUUCCGCGCAAUCCAGUUGCACCCGCGAGAUCAUCAGCCUGGCGCCUUGUCUCAACUACAUCAGCGGCAACGCCUCCACGCCCUCCUCCUCUUGCUGCUCGCAGCUGGCCAGAGUCGUGCAGUCCCAGCCGGCGUGCCUCUGCUCGGUGCUCGACGGCGGCGCCUCCUCGCUCGGCGUCACCGUGAACCAGACCCGGGCCUUGGCGAUGCCCGGCGCAUGCGGCGUCCAAACUCCGCCAGCGAGCGAGUGCAACGAUGGAGCAGGAUCACCGGCGGCACCCAAUACUGCGCCGGAGACUCCCUCCUCGACACCAUCGCCUCCGGCGGCAGGAGGUGGAUCGAAGGCAACUCCGGUGACGACCUCAAAAGCUGUUUCUUACAAGCCUACUGGUUCUCUGUUUGUUUCAGUCCUCCUCGCUUUUUUCUCGUGUCUCCUUCAGUAAACUCAGAGUCAGUCCACUGCAGUUGAAUUAUGAGUUAUUUUGUUUACCCUUCCUUGUGUUCGAUAUAUAUAUGAUUUGAAUUAUCUUUCA